GAAUGCGCUUGGGGGCGGAGCCUGAGGGGGCGGUGCCGUGUCGGAAGUCAAAGGUCGGUAAAUAGUGGUGAUGUCAUGUAGGCAAGAUGGCGGAAGGGGAGGACGUGGGGUGGUGGCGGAGCUGGCUGCAGCAGAGUUACCAGGCAGUCAAAGAAAAGUCCACUGAAGCUUUGGAGUUCAUGAAGCGGGACCUGACAGAAUUUACCCAGGUGGUACAGCACGACACGGCCUGCACCAUAGCAGCCACAGCCAGUGUGGUCAAGGAGAAGCUGGCAACUGAAGGCUCCUCAGGGGCAACAGAAAAAAUGAAGAAGGGGUUAUCUGACUUCUUAGGGGUGAUCUCAGACACCUUUGCCCCCUCACCAGACAAAACCAUCGACUGCGAUGUCAUCACCCUGAUGGGCACACCCUCCGGCACAGCUGAGCCAUAUGAUGGCACCAAGGCUCGCCUCUACAGUCUACAAUCAGAUCCGGCAACUUACUGCAACGAACCCGAUGGGCCCCCGGAGUUGUUUGACGCCUGGCUUUCCCAAUUCUGCUUGGAGGAGAAGAAGGGGGAGAUCUCAGAGCUCCUUGUAGGCAGCCCCUCCAUCCGGGCCCUCUACACCAAGAUGGUCCCAGCAGCUGUUUCCCAUUCAGAAUUCUGGCACCGGUAUUUCUAUAAAGUUCACCAGCUUGAACAGGAGCAAGCCCGGAGAGAUGCCCUGAAGCAGCGGGCUGACCAGAGCAUCUCUGAGGAGCCUAGGUGGGAAGAGGAAGAAGAGGAGCUCGAAGGCAUUGCACCAUCUCCAAAAGAGGCAAAGAUUCCAAAAGAGACCAAAACCUCCACAUCCCCUGAAGAUGGACCUGGCCCCCAGAGCCCUUGUGAAGACACUCCAGUGGAACCACCUGCAGAGGUGACUCCAUCAGAGAGCAGCGAGAGCAUUUCCCUCGUGACACAGAUUGCCAACCCUGCUGCUGCACCAGAGGCACCAUUGCUGCCCAAAGACCUGUCCCAAAAGCUACUUGAGGCAUCUUUAGAAGAACAGAGUCUGGCUGAGGAUGAGGGUGAAACCGGACCUCCACCCCCAGUUCCCUCCAAGCCUCUCACCCCUGCCGGCCGAGCCAGCGGCCCAGAGCCCAGGCCUCCAGCCAGAGUAGACACCCUGAGAGAGGAGGCGCCCACAGACUUACGAGUAUUCGAGCUGAACUCAGAUAGUGGAAAGUCGACACCCUCCAACAAUGGCAAGAAAGGCUCAAGCACGGACAUCAGUGAGGAUUGGGAGAAGGACUUUGACUUGGACAUGACUGAAGAAGAAGUGCAGAUGGCACUUUCCAAAGUGGAUGCCUCAGAGGAGCUGGAAGAUGCUGAGUGGGAGGACUGGGAAUGAGGGGAGCCGGAGCAAGCAGCUCCCCAACUCACAGCACAUCCCACCUCCCUCGCUCGCUCAUCUCAGCCAGCCUUGGAAGACACUGAGAAUGUCCCCCCAAACGGCCUCUGCCAUCCAGAAGUCGGUACAGAUUCUGGUGGCUCCCUUCUGGCCUUCUGCUCACACCUUGGAAGAGCCUUUCUAAAUACAAAUCCAGAAGUCUGACUUGUGCCAACCUUAGGAUGACCCAAAAGGAGGACCUGUACCCCAUCACCGGAGAGCCUGCAUUUCCCUACUGUUCUAGGGACCCCUUCUGGGAAACCUGGGGUAGCUGUCUUCUGCACAGACCAGAGCUGAAGCACCGGUCUCUGAGGAGGCCAAGAUAAAGCAUUCUAUCCCAUAAGCUAGUAAGCUAACAAGGAAGGCUAUGGCUCCUGCCCUUGACAGCAUUUUGGUUCCUGUCCCAGUGAAUGAGAGGCAAUCAUCUCUGGGAAAUUUGCCUCUCUCUGGAAUCUCCCUCCCAAGCGUUUUCCACUCCUGGAAAGGUCCUAUGGGUUCAGAAUCUCAAUACCAAACCUUGACUCUCCUUUAGCCCACACUGGGAUAUCCCUACAUCUUCCCAGGGCUUGUUCAUGUCAGAUGCACCCAAGUCCUUAGCCUAGCUGUGCCACUGCAAGAGUCUGCUCUUGCAAUUUCCCUCCCUCCCCAAGAAGGGAGGAGCCACCUUCAGGCCCUUCUGAGUAUUACCUGGUUGGAUACCUGCUCUGAGCAGGUACCUACCUUGACUCCCAUAGCUUAGGACAUAAGCCAGCUAUGAGCUCUAUGAAGUGGUGAGCAGAAGAGAGUACCCACAGUCCAGCAGCAAGCCAGCUCCUCCCAAGUCCUCUGCACCUGAAGCGAUGUGCUGGGCAAGCACCCUGAGACUUGGCCGUCUCCUGCACAGUCCUCCUUCCUGAAGACAUUCAGCCUGGGGCUCAGUGAGGGCCACACAGAGACCCGGUGCUCCACAGACGCCAUUCUAGUGAUUCUCCGCACUGGUGCAUAUACCAGUGACUUAUUUAAAGGGAUCUUGUCAGGGGCACCGUGAAUGGUGGGCACUUCAAACCUUCAGUGAAGGGCUAGGAUGGAGAGAAUGCUAAUUUUUUUUUUUUUUUUGAUGGGAUGGGGUUUUCUCUUUGUAAUUAUUUUAGUUUAAUUAACCUUUUGGUUGUUUGUGCAAUAUUAUAUAUUUUAAAUUAUAAUGCAUCUCCCCAGAGUAUUUUGUAGCUGGGAAAAGAAAAAAAAAAAAAAAAAGGAAAAAUUCUAACAGCUGUUAGUUUUAUAAUUAAAAAGGAACAAAAAAAAGUUUGUCCUGAACCUUUUACAGAUUUGCCGUAACAGCAUUAAAGUGAUUGAACAGAA